AUGGGCCUCCUCGUCUGGCUCCGCCUCCGCCGGCCCAACACCUGGGAGCGGCCGACGCUGCUCGACGGCCUGCUCGACUCGCCGCUGCACUGGCUCGUAGCGCGGCUGUACGCCGUGCUGCUGCUCCUGCGCGGGCGGCCGUUCCGCCCCGGGCACGGGCACAGCAGCACGAUCAAGGUCGUCUGCCUCUCCGACACGCACGGCCACGUGGUGCCCGACGUGCCCGACGGCGACCUGCUCGUGCACUGCGGUGACCUGACCGAUGCGGGCUCCGCGGCCGCCAUCCAGGCCCAGCUCGAUUGGCUCGCCGCCCUGCCGCACCGCCACAAGGUCGUCGUGGCCGGUAACCACGACUCGUGGUUCGAUCCCGACGCCAGGAGGGCGCUUGCUGAUGCUGCGAGGAAGGCGGAUGGGGAGGUGGACUUCAAGGGUGUCGUCUACCUCGAGAACAGCUCCGUCACGCUCGAGUUCAAGGGCGGCAGGAAGCUGAAUGUCUACGGCUCGCCGGCGGUGCCAACGUGCGGGGGGUCGACUAAUGCAUUCCAGUACGAGCGGCACCUGCACCCCUGGCACGGCAGGAUCCCGCCCGAGACGGACGUGCUGGUCACGCACACGCCGCCUCGCUACCACCUCGACCUCGCCGGCGUGGGCUGUGCCGGGCUGCUGGACGAGGUCUGGCGCGUCAAGCCCAAGCUGCACGUCUUCGGGCACGUGCACUGGGGCCGCGGGCGGCAGGCCGUGUACUUUGACGAGUGCCAGCGGGCGUACGAGACGCUGAUGGCGCGGCAGUGGAAGGGCCCGCUGCGCGACUUGCUGCCCGGGCCGGCGUGGGCCGACGCGUUCAGCGUGCUGUGGUAUGGGGUCAAUAGCGUCCUGUUCAAGUGGCUCAUGCUUGGGCCGGGCACUAAUAAUGGCGGGCUUAUGGUGAAUGCCGCUGUCGUCCGCGGCAACACGAGGAAGCUCGUGCGCCGUAGCCCUGCCGCCGUGGUCGAGCUGUGA